GCGCACACACACACAUACACACACACAUAUAUACACACGCACACACACGCACACACACAAACAACAGAUCCUGCCUUUGCGGAAGCCAGAGGAGCCGAGGCGGCGCUAAAUUAAAUUAGCAUACUAACUAGUUAGCGUUGAGCCGAUGUGGAUGGACGGAUGAACGGAGCUGCUUGAAGAAACACAUUUUCCGAAGUCGAGACACCACCGAGUCCGGGCUCAUUUUGUCGGGAUCUUCCUGUCGUCCGCCUGCCGAGGAGAUGGGGGACAAGGCGGGCACCAGAGUUUUCAAGAAGUCGAGCCCCAACUGUAAGGUGACAGUUUAUCUGGGAAAGAGAGACUUUGUGGAUCAUCUGGACCACGUGGAUCCAGUAGAUGGAGUGAUCCUGGUCGACCCCGAGUAUCUGAAGGACAGGAAAGUCUUCGUCACCCUCACCUGUGCGUUUCGAUAUGGCCGUGAGGACCUGGACGUGCUGGGUUUGUCUUUCAGGAAGGAUCUGUACAUCUCCACCUUCCAGGCCUUCCCUCCGGUGCCCGAGGAGCGGAAACCCAACAGCCGGCUGCAGGAGAGGCUGCUGAAGAAACUGGGCCAGCAUGCACAUCCCUUCUACUUCACUAUUCCUCAGAACCUCCCGUGUUCAGUCACUUUACAGCCCGGACCAGAGGACACUGGGAAGGCCUGCGGCGUCGACUUCGAGAUCAGAGCUUUCUGCGCCAAGUCGAUAGAAGAGAAGAUUCACAAGAGAAACUCGGUGCGUCUGGUGAUCAGGAAGGUUCAGUACGCUCCAGAGAAGCCUGGUCCUCAACCGAUGGUGGAGACGACCCGCAGCUUCCUGAUGUCUGACAGAUCCCUGCACCUGGAGGCCUCCCUGGACAAGGAGUUAUAUUACCACGGAGAGCCCAUCAGCGUCAACGUUCACGUCACCAACAACUCGACCAAGACCGUCAAGAGAGUCAAGAUCUCCGUGCGUCAGUAUGCAGAUAUCUGCCUGUUCAGUACUGCCCAGUAUAAAUGUCCAGUGGCCCAGCUGGAGGCAGAUGACCAGGUGUCGUCCAGCUCCACCUUCUGUAAGGUGUACACUCUGACCCCGACGCUCGACAAGAACAGAGAGAAGAGAGGACUCGCUCUGGACGGGAAGCUCAAACAUGAAGACACCAACCUGGCCUCCUCCACCAUUGUGAAGGACGUCACCAACAAGGAGGUUCUGGGGAUCCUGGUGUCCUACAGAGUCAAAGUCAAACUGGUGGUCUCACGUGGAGGGCUGCUGCGAGGCAUGUUGGAGAGAGACGUGUCGGUGGAGCUGCCCUUCAUCUUAAUGCAUCCUAAACCCGUGGAGCCGCCGGUGUCCCGCCCACAGUCAGCUGUGCCAGAGAUGGACCCCCCCAUCGACACCAAUUUGAUAGAAUUCGACACAAACAGCAUCUCCCAGGACGACGACUUCGUCUUCGAGGACUUCGCCCGCCUGCGGCUCAAAGGCGUCGUGGACGACAAGGACGAGGACUGCUAGGAGCUCGCCAACCCUUCAUAUGCUCGCUUUGAAACCACCAACACACACACACACACACACACACACACACACACACACACACACACACACACACUCUUCACGUUACAUUCCCCGGUGGAGGGGAUGGAUGAGGGCAUGUUUGGACGGAGGCCUCGCAGGGGCUCGGUGGUGUUCUUCCUCUCUUGCUUCAGCCAUUCGUCACGCCGCCGCCGCCGCCAUUUUUCGCCGCCUUGUUCUCCAUCUGUCUUCUCUUGUUUCUCUUUUUUUUUUUUUUCGCUGAUAAAUGUUAACCAGCUGCAGGACAGAUGAUGGCGGUCUGGAUCUGAAUCUGCUGUUUUUGUUUUUCUUUUGUAGUCGACACGUUCAAGGCGUGGGCGGGGCUUAACAUGUGAAGGAAUUGAUUGAUCAGCUUAAAAUAGAAGAAAAUAAACACGUGUAGGAAGCUGAAGAGGCGCAGCAGCAGCAGCCGCAGCGUUCGUCCUCUUUUACUUUGAAAUCUUUUUUUUGAAUGUCGCCCGUUUCCUGCGGCGACGAUCACCGUCUUGUACAAACAGAAUAUAUAUUUGAAACAUAGAAAAAAAAAAAAUCUUCUACGAGCAGUCGAGAGAGAGAUCUGUGUUCAGUGGUGAUCGCCGUUUUUUUUUUUUUUUCUUCGAGUACAUAACUGUAGAUGCUUUUUUUACAUCAUGGCUGCAAGAGGAGGAAACACACUCACACACACUCACUCAGUCUUACGCAGGCAACUGAAGUUCAAUUUCACCAGCAUCCACUCUCCGCUUCGCCCCCCCGUCGUCACAUUUUGUGAAAUGUUUUUGUCACGUCGUCACAUUUUGUCCGCUGCACUGUUUGUUUUGUUUUUUUUUUACCCUCCCUCCCUUCACUCCUCCUGUUCUUUUAUUAUUUUUUUUAAAUAAGAACCAUUCCAGCGUUGACGGAGUCGGGUUGUUAUUUUAAACACUUCCCAUCUAAAGAAGUUUGUUCUCUGUCGUCACAUUUAAAGGAAAAGUUCAGUCCGUCUCUCAAUACUUUCCCCUGCUCUGUCUGUGGCUCAUUGGUUCCUACCGAAGAAGUAAAUCUUUAUUAAAUGGUUCAUUAAUAAAUAGUUUAAUUAUUGUUCUAGACUUGAAGGAAAGCACAAGGUGCAACUACGCGGUUUGAUUGUGUUUCUCAUUUCAGGACGAGGUUUUAUAUAAAUGACGGUUAAAUAAUUCUUUCUAUAAAGUGGAUUAACAAGUACAAGUUUGGUGUUAUUUUAUAUUUUUCUUAUUAUAAACAAAUUACAUAAAAACACCAAAAACCAACGACGUGUCCGUCUGUCUCUUAGUUACUCUCUGCUGCUCUCAUCUCUGAGUUUGUCGGUUCCUGCUGAUGUGAAUCUUUAUAAACAUCUCAAAUAUUUAGUUUUAUUUUAUAUAAAAAGGCUCAAUAAUUUACAGCGUAAUUUACAGUGUAAUUUACAGAGUAAUUUACAGCGUAAUUACAGUGUAAUUUACAGCUUAUUACUGUGGUUUUAAUCACCGUUAAAGAUGAGAAAAGUAUAAAAUAUCUGACUGACUUUGAAGAAGUAAUUACGUAAUAUGAUUUUGUUAUUCUUGUAACUUUACCACUGAGUCAUAAUUGAACGAGUAAAAAGUUGUUAAAUUCUACUACCAGGAUCUGAGCACAUGACCCGACAGGAAGCCGGAGCCGUAACGUUAUAUUAAAAUAUUAAAUCUUAAAGGCAAAGUUAAACUCAGCACAGUGUUCAUGUUGUAAUCCUGAGAUUACAGAAGUUGGUGUUUUUUUGGGAUUUAUUGACAAUAAUAAAAUUAUAGAAAAUCACCAGACUUUUCCUUUAAAUCUCAUUUUUUCUACGUGCAGCAGGUUUGAAAACGUCGAUCACUUAUAUUCACUUUAGUAAAGACGUUAAUAAAAUAAAGACAAUGUGCAGGAAUCUUCAGACCAAACGUUUUCCACCAGCUACACUUAAAGGUGCAGUUUGUAGAAUUUAGUGGCGUCCAGUAGAACGUUCAUAAGUUUGUUUUAAUUAGUUUAUAAUCAUCUGAAAAAUAAGAAUCGUCGUGUUUUCGUUACUUUAGAAUGAGCCUUUAUAUCUACGGAGGGAACGGAUCCUCUUCUACGGAGGCCGCCAUGUUGCUAUGGUAGCCCAGAACGGACAAACCAAACACUAGCAACCUCACCGCUAGAUGCCACUAAGUCCUAUUGUGAUUGUUUUAUAUUAAAAUAACACUUCAGGUGAAAAUAUUAAUGUGGAAAAUAUUUAAAAAACAGCAAACCUACAAAAGGAGCCUGAACUCUGAUCACGCUGGAAUCGUUUUUUUUUUUGUUUGUUUGUUUGUUUGUUUUUUUUAAACUCUGAUUAAACUUUAGACCAGAGUUGGACCUCGAGUCGCUCUCGACUCUUUUGGAUAAAUUGAAGCUUGUUGUUCAGCAGACGGAUUUAUUUGACCUUUACUGGGUUUAAACUGGUCUGAAGUGGAUUUCUUUUCCCGUCAGUUAUGUUCUGAAGUGCUUGAUGCUAAACUCACAACAAACAGAGCAGUUAGCUGCCUGGUUUAAACUGCCAUCAGCAGCUUGUUUAAAGGGAAAUACUGGUGUUUUUUGGUUUAUCAUCAUCAUCUUUCUGUUUAAAAAUAUUAAUCCCCACUUGCCACAAAUUUACCCAAAUGCACUUUCAGUAAAUACGUACGAUAACACGACAACACUGCGUCUUUACUUUAAUCACUUGUGUAAACUGCAUCGUGCCUUCUGGAUCUCACUGUUGCCAAUAACUUUAAGUUGCCAGUUUUUGUGAUAAAUUCAUACUAAAUAUACAGAAUUUGCAGCAUUUCAAUAAAAGCCUGAGAGGAAGUUAGUGAUGUUUUUGUUUUUUACGAAGCAGUAAAUUACAGAAAACUACUGUAAAUGUCGGCAGGUACCAAUAAUUCAGUCUGUAAUUAAAUUCUUCUAUUUGAGAUUAAACGGAUUCAGUUUUUCUGUCUCACAAGUUUAAAACUUCAAAUGCAGGAAAUAAAAUGUAUUUUUAACAAGUACAAGAUUUAAUUCUAGUAAAUUAAAAAACAUCAAAAGAAGACCAGGAGAUGUGGUUGAAAGCUUCAUUAACAAGCAACUUUCAUGAAUUUCUCUUUAGUCUUUAAGACUUUCUGUAA